CCCAUGAAGGCGUACAUCUCGGAAGCCUUUCCGAGGACGCCCGUGACGCCCUUUGCAUCGUAUGGAUCGUUCAGCAGCUUCAAUACGACAACGCUUCUCGACUUGCAAGCGAGGUACAACUCUGCAACGCUUCCCGUCGGCGCCGUCAACUUUGCCGACGCCAAUGAAGGUGCCCAAGUGCUGCGCCAGCUCCUUCGACUCGGCCCAUCAAUUCCAGAAGACCGUUGCAUCUCGGACUUUCUCGUUGGGAAGCCUGGUAGUAUCUACUAUGGCAGCUCGAUCCGGGACUUGCUCUGCGCGUUUGCUGCUGUAAAUGACACGACCAUGAACGCAGAGCGCUUGAAUCGUCGAGGGUCGUGCAUGCUAACGUCGGCACCAGGGCUUGUCCUCGGCUACCAUUGCAUUUGGCUCACGGCCGGCGAUGCCAUCACGCGGUCGCGUCGAGACAAUGAUGUCUAUACGCUGACCUUUGUCAUGGCGACGGCGCCGUACCCCGUGCUGAACUGGACCAAGUUUGUGUACCGCGUCUGCAUCACAGUGGGCAUUGGGCUGCUGCUUUGGCGCCGCUACUACAAGCACUGCAUCGCGCUGCGCCGUCAAUUGGCGCGUCUUGGGCACGCCCACGAGCUCCGCUCUGGCGCGUAUUCGUAUGCGAUCUCGAUCGGCGAUCCGACGGCUGUCGUCCUCUCCAACCCGUGGGUCGCGCUCGCCUUCUUCGUCGACGUCUGGGCGAGCUUUGAUACGCUUUCGUUUGCUGUGCUCCGCGGCUCCCAGAACGACGAUCUUCUCGAGCUCUUUGUCGCGUUUCUGUAUCUCUCCCGCGCGGUCUGGCUCGCCUACUUUGGUUUGUCCGUCAUGUCGGUAUGUCUCAAGCGCUGGCGACAAGAACACCUCUUUCGGGAGGUCGACCCGACCAUGGUCGCGCUCGCCGUCACGAUCUAUGGACCACUGCUCACGUACUUUAUGGGCAACUCGGCCUGGCUGCUGCAAGUCUACUGGUACCUUGAAGAGUGCAUGGUGCCCACGUCAGCGCGUGGCCAAGAGCUCGUCGUGCUGCUUCCAUGUGUGCUUUAUACGCUGAGUUUGACGAUGGCACCACUGCUGUACGGCCUCGUCAAGGCCAUGACAGCUCGCUGGCCCGGUGCCACGAGAAACGACGAUCGGUACAGCAGCCUUCGCUUCACGACGGCCAAAACGCGGGCCAUCGUCGCUAUCUUUCGGCUCUGCCAGCCGCAAGUAGCGGUCUCGGUUCUCAAGCUCGGCGGGACCAUCUAUGCACUCUUCGACUCGGCGCCGCGCUACAAGGCCAGCCCAACCAUAAGCUACGUUGGCACUGAUUGCUUUGUGUAUUGCUAUCGCGACGGCAAGCUCGAGCUGCGGCUGCGGCUCAGCCUCCUCGAGGCGCUCGACGUCCACGCAUCGGCCAAGAACGCGCGAAACGCUGUCGACACGAGCGAGGUCUCGCCGUUCACAAUGCACGAGCUCGUGCUGCCCAUGAGCAUCCAGCGCCACGGCGCAAGGAAGAUCAAGGUAUCGCCGACGCCGGCGCGGCGCGUCCGCCUCCGUCAGCCACGCGAGCCGUCGUCGUCAGUGUGGUGUCUGUGA